AUGAAAUCCACUGCAUCCACUACAUUAUUCCCAUCUCUCGCUGUCGAGCUUGUCGAGCUUAUUGCAGACUCUCUAGACGCCGAGGACUUACUUGAAAUACGUCUCGUCUGUCGCGACCUGCAGAAGAAAACCUUCAACCACUUUGCCCGCCGAUUCUUCUCCUCUAUAAAGACUGAUCUCUCGGAAGAAAGUCUCGGUCGCAUCAACGCACUCUCUCAGCAUGAAGAGCUACGAUCUUAUGUCCAGGGUCUAGGAUUUAUGCUUCAGAAUGGAGUGGGUCGAGGUCUGGUGUGGGAUCGCCAUUCAUGGGGCCCUUUGUCAGCCCCGAUGGAAGUUGAAGCGAUUCAGCGUCUUCGCGACAAUUUGGUUCAUAAUUUGACAAACUGUCGCUCGUUUUUCAUUUUCUGUCGAUAUCCCGAGGGCCAUCCCGAUAUGAGCCGUGUCACUAUCACCGAUGCUGUGGCUGUCUUCUUCGCACUUGUCAUCGAAUCCCGCUUACCAGUCUCUUCAUUUCAUCUCAUAUAUGCAAAUAGAUUCUCUCGUACACUGAUGAUGGAUAUGCGACGACUACCUAAGCUUCUAUAUCGCCAGCCGAAGUUUCGUUUAGCUUGGUCCAAUCUCCAAAAACUUUCGCUAGAACAAUACCUAACGCUUGAUAACUUUGGAUUCCUCCUCGAAUUAGUGCUGAGUGCGCCCAAUCUGAAGACAUUGUUGCUUAACUUGGGCUCGCAUGACUUGGCAGCUGAAUUCAUGCAUGAACUGGCUGAGACAGCAGCAUUCUCUCAACUGGAAGAACUGGCGUUGUUCAGAACGGUACUACGGGCUUCUGAUCUGAAAUGCCUUCUUGGUGGCAUUCGAGAAACAAUGAAGACCCUGACAUUAUAUCAUGUGUCUUUGUCUCCAGAAGACGAGUGGUCCUCUGUUCUGAAGGAUCUUGGCCAGGGAUUUGCGGCCUUGACGAGCAUUUCAUUGUAUUACCUUUGGUCUAGUGCCUCAGCUAAAGAGCUAUUGUCAUUUCCUGGCCUUCAAAAAGCCCCAUCAAUAUGUGAAGCACCAGAUCAUCGCCUUCAUAUGUUUUAUUCGGAGAACUCCAAAAGCCCUGCGGUGUUGGGUGUCGAGUAUUCCGGGUCAAAGAUGGCCCAAGUGUUAGGCAUGCUACAGACAACAGCUAUCUAUACCUGA